GAGAUUUUAAUGAAAAAGCCCCCGCGAUGUCUGGAUCCUGCUAAAUCUUUUACAAUGCAUCGAUCAGAGGAUAUUGGUGUGAUUCUUUAAUUUACAUCUCUGUGGAGUGCUUGCAGAUAUAUUCUAUGCUAUAAGAGUGUCGCCGUUAUAUAACCAGGAGAAAGCCGCAGGCGGAGCGCAUAAGUAAUUUUAUAGAGAAGUUAAAGACAUAAAUCGCUAGGAGACGUCUGUAUACUUAUUAUCAUGCCACAAAUUCAGGACAAUGACGGAAAUAUCAUUUCAUUCCACUGCAUUUUCAUGCUCAGCGAGGUUCAUAACGAAGAUGUGAUAAUGCGCUCUUGACGGUAUCAACAGUAUUAGAUACGUGAUACAUAUUAAAAAUCACUUGAGUAAAAUAUGUCAUAAAUCUUAUCAUUCGACUGUGCAAACAAGGACUAUAUAGGUUUAAAGGCUACAUUUAAAGGAAGUUGUUUAAAGAGCAGUCAAAACAUUUUGACGAUGUAUUGAAACUAUUCUUAUUGAAAAAAAUGUGUGAAUUGCAUUGAUCGGGAAAUUAUUGGUAGUUGUUCCUCAAAGAAAACAUGGACGUCAUAUACAUAUUACCAACGGACGGAUGUACAUACGUUCUGGUUGUUUUACUGCUGAUAUUAAUAACGAUACUCUAUCCCCGACGACGAAAAGGGGUUCCUGACGGUCCAAUAUUGUUCCCGGUGCUGGGAAAUUUACCAUCGUUAGCAAGCAAAGAUCCCCUGAAGAGUUUCACGGACUUAUGGAAAAAAUACGGGGACGUGUACGGAAUUUACAUCGGUGGGGAACUGACGGUAUUUAUCAACGGGUAUGACGCCAUACAUGACGCAUUGGUUAAAAGGGGAAAUGUAUUCUCGAAACGGCCGCGAGGGGAUUUUCAUCAAAUCACGUUCAAAGACCCGGGGAUAGUUUUUGCAAACGGCGCAAUAUGGAAACAACACCGCCAGUUUUCCCAGGCGGCUCUGAACGAGUUCGGAUAUGGAUGGACAGAGAAAACUUUAGAAGAACGCAUUAAUGAUGAGUUGUAUCAUUUCCUUAACACCAUCGAGUCGUAUGACGAACCCUUUGAUAUUAGUGGACUCAUGACCUUAAGCGUUGCCAAUGUGAUCGCGGGUAUUCUUUUCGGAAAGCGUUGCGAGUACACCGACGAGCGGUUUGUGGCUUGUAUCCACAGCGUGGGAGAGGCCGCAAAGCUAUUUAGCCACUCUAGCGUCCUCAUGAGCGUCUUCCCCUGGCUGAUUUACAUUCCUGGGGAUUUCCUGGGCCUCGGAAAGAUCGAGAAAAUCAGAGAAAAACCGAAGCAGUUUCUACAACAUGUAUUUUCAUGGCAUUCCGAAUUUUGUAAAGGCAAGGAAACACGUGACAUAUUGGGGCUGUACAGGCAGGAGAUAGACAAAGGAUGCAAUGGUCAGUCUUCUUUGUUCAACGAAACAACAAUGCGAGCUUUAAUGGGCGAAUUAUUAAGCGCCGGUUCCGAAACUACAGCCACGUGUAUCAUUUGGAUCAUAUUAUACCUCAUAUUAAACCCGGACUUGCAGACGCGACUUCAAAACAACAUCGACGAGGUAGUAGGAAUGGACCGUCGGCCGUCCUUGAAUGACCGCCAGCACCUGCCGUUGGUGGAAGCGGUCAUUCUGGAGGGGUUGCGGAUUAGACCGAUCGCACCGCUCUCUGUGCCGCACGCCGUCCACGAGGACGUCAACUUUAGGGGGUACCUGAUCCCAGCGGAAACCACUGUGCUAGUCAACCUUCACUCCGUACUUAAGGAUCCGCAGACAUUUCCGGAGCCAGACGUGUUCAACCCGGAGAGAUUUUUAGACGAGACUGGACACGUAAUCAUUCCGAAACAGUUCAUACCGUUUUCAACAGGUCGCCGCUCUUGUCUAGGGGAGUCUUUAGCUCGAAUGGAAUUGUUCCUUUGUGUGACGUCACUCUUGCAAAGGUUCACUAUGACGUCACCGUUAGGUUCUCCACCUCCGAGCACGGAAGGCGUUCUUGGCAUGACAUUCUGUCCCAAACCUUUCAAAAUGGUUGCGAUCCCAAGAACAUGUGAUAAAUAGCUUCUUAACCAAAGUAAAUGUGGUUUAUCCUUUAAAACAGUAUACUGUCUGUCUGAUAACAUUUGUACUGUAAAAAAGCAACAACAAAAUGUAAUAAAGUAUUAAAAACCCAA